GGGCACAGCUGGAACAUACAGAGUUGCGGUAGCAGUGUCGAAAUUCGGAACACAACAUCUCCUGCAUCUAAAAGAAAAUGCCGUUGGAAUUGUAUCUAGAUCUCCAUUCUCAGCCAUGUCGUUCUGUGUUUCUGUUUGCCAAGAAAAACGACAUUCCGUUUGAAUUCAAGUUUGUAGAUCUUGCCUCAGGCCAGCAUUAUGGUGAAGACUUUGGCAAUGUCAGUGUGGUGAGAAAGGUCCCUGUCUUGAAGGAUGGAGACUUCAUUCUCACAGAGAGUGUUGCAAUACUGAAGUACAUGGCAGAGAAAUUUAGCACCUCAGUGUCAGACAACUGGUAUCCAGCUGACCUGCAGGAGCGAGCACGCGUUAACGAGUACCUCGCCUGGCAACAUUCAGCCAUGCGAGCCCAUGGGUCAAAGGUGUACUGGUUCAGGGCCAUACUUCCCAUAAUAACUGGGGCAGAGGUGCCUAAAGAGAAAAUGGAUUCUGCAAUGGAGGACUUGACACAGAGCCUGAAGGUGUUUGAGGAGAAAUUCCUCCAAGACAAACCCUUCAUCGUUGGAGACCAGAUCUCCCUGGCUGACAUUGUUGCCAUAGUAGAAGUCAUGCAGCCUUUUGGGACUGGCCUGGAUGUGUUUGAGAGCCGGCCAAAGCUCAGUGCCUGGAAAGACAGGGUGAAGAAGGAGAUUGGUGAGGCUCUGUUUGAUGAGGCUCACAACAGUCUCAUGAACGUGGCCAACCUACCACAAACCUUUGAGAAAAACGGCAUGCUGGAAUUCCUCAAGCCACGGAUUCAGAAGAUGUUCAACUGAAUUGAUGAUGAUGGUAUGGUGAUAUAAUGGUGUGAUGAGGGUAUUAUUAUAUCACAAUUGAAGACAUUUUUGUGACAUUAUUUGAUAGCUUUGGUUUAUUGUGAUAAGCAUUGCAUUUCCUGUCAAUAAAUCUGAAACUCAAUCGA